GAAGGACCAGAAAUUAGUGUUUCCGGUUGUAUGUGCAGGGGUUUCUUAUCCGGAAACACGGAUGUCAUGCGGUGGUAUCCGCCAUGGUUCAAGGCAAUUUCAUGCAGUGACCCCUCUGGUAUAGCUGCGCUAACGCUUAACACAAAAUGAUUCUUUUAGAUCAUAGGUGACACAUGAUCAAGACUCACACCAAGAAAUAUGAUACAGAACAUGUAAAACACAUGCUGCCAUACAAUUUCCGUGCUGUGUUUCUUUUCGUUGUCAUUGCCGCUCUAGUAAUAUGGUGGAGAUCGGACGUACAUCAGGACAAUGGAGAUUAUCAACGUUUUCUUGUGAACCAAAGGGUCAACGUGAUCGCUAAAACGACCAACAAGUAACCCAACAUAAUCUUUAUCCUAGCAGACGACUACGGAUGGGAUGAUAUCGGCUAUCACAAUCAUUUUAUACAUACACCUAAUCUUGACAGACUGGCGUCCGAGGGAGUAAAGUUAGAGAACUAUUACGUGCAGCCUGUAUGUAGCCCGUCAAGGGAACAACUAAUGACGGGCAGAUAUCAGAUUCACUAUGGGCUACAACACGGCGUUAUCAGGAACGACCGUCCUCAUGGGCUCCCUUUGGACGAAGUAACUUUGCCGCAACGACUUAAAGAUAACGGGUACCGCACCUACAUGGUUGGGAAAUGGCAUCUCGGGUUUUGCAAAAAGGAAUACACGCCGUUAUACAGAGGAUUUGAUAAAUUUUAUGGUUUUUUGACAGGCAGUGAAGACUACUGGACUCACCGCAGGUACAAGGGGGUUCGCGGGUUGGAUCUUCGAGACCAAGAUGAGCCUGUCUUGGAUGAAAACGGCACAUACUCUACCCAUCUGUUUGCCAGAAAAGCAACUGAUAUGAUUUUAAAGCAUGAUCAAAACCAGCCGAUGUUCCUGUACUUGCCAUUUCAAGCUGUACACGGACCACUCCAAGUUCCAGAGAAAUAUUUACAGGAGUACAUGCAUAUAAACUUUACUGUUGAUCGGAUAUAUGCAGCUCAGGUGACAGCUAUGGACGAAGCAGUUGGAAACGUUACUAACGCCUUGAAAAACAGUGGUCUGUGGGAAAAUACGGUGCUAAUAUUUUCUACUGACAAUGGGGCAAGGAGACAUACAGGAAGUAACUGGCCCCUGAGAGGAUGGAAAAAUACGCUAUGGGAGGGAGGAGUACGAGGUGUCGGUUUUGUCAACAGCAACCUGCUAAAGAGAAAAGGAAAGACAAGUGACGCUCUAAUCCAUAUUUCUGAUUGGUUUCCUACUUUACUUCGCAUUUCCGACGGAUCCACAACAGGCACCAAGCCCCUGGAUGGAUUUGAUGUCUGGGAUGCUAUAAGCAAAGGAAAGACUUCUCCUAGGAAGGAACUACUACACAAUAUUGAUCCAUUUUAUGACGACCAGACUGGAUCAUACUCGCCUUUGUCUUAUGAUAACAUUUUUAACACAUCCUCGUACUCUGCACUUCGAUCUGGGGACUGGAAGUUAUUGACGGGAUACCAGGGAGCUGGUUGGAACAGGCGACGGCCAUAUAACCAUGAAUUUGAAGAGUCACCAGAUCCACCUAACAAACGCCUUUGGCUGUUCAAUGUUCGCGAAGACCCAGGGGAGAGAAACGAUCUGUCUAAGAUGCAUCCUGACAUUGUACAAGACUUAUUGGAGAAGUUAGCCGUAUACAACAAAACGGCCGUACCAAUAUUUUGGCCAGAUCCUGACCCAAGAAUGAACCCUCAGCUGCACGGGGAUGUUUUUGGACCUUGGCUGUAGAGGCGGUACAAAAGGUUGCAUUAUCAUGAUAUACCAGUAUAUAUACUUCAUUCUGGGAGGCGAUAACCCUCACUGUGUACAAGUAGGCAAAUAUAUCCACGAAUGUUUAUACCGUAGAACUAAUAGUGUU